AUGACGAGCAAUGCAGCUGGUAACGGCAGCUUUACUUCCUCCACCAAUGUAGUGCAGCUCGUCUCGGCGCAGCGAGGACGAAAGGUGUACCGCGUGCGAGGGCAGAGCUUUGAUAUCGAUGAUAGCUACACUGUGACGAGCGUAAUUGGGCACGGUGCAUACGGCGUGGUUUGCGCUGCGUUAGACGACCGCACUUUCCAAGAGGUGGCCAUCAAGCGCGUGAGUCGUGUGUUUGAGGACUUAAUUGAUGGCCGCCGCAUAUGGCGCGAGGUACUUCUCCUGCGCAUCCUCAAAGAGUGUGGGUGUCGCAACAUUCUUCGGCUGAUUCGUGUGCUGCCGCCUCGAGACUCCAUCAUGGAGUUUCGCGACUUGUACUUGGUGACAGACCUCUACGAUCUGGAUCUCUUCUCCAUCAUUCGGCAGAACAAGUGCGAGUCGAUGGACAUGCUGCGUCGCAUCAGCGUGCGAGUGCUUCGGUGUCUGGCAGACAUGCACUCUAUGGGCAUGGUGCAUCGUGACAUCAAACCCAGCAACAUUUUGCUGCGCGAUGAGAAGGAUGCAGAGGAGGCGAUAGUAUGUGACUUUGGUCUAGCGCGUGCCGGCCUGCAUAGAUUGAGUGAGCCGCUCGACUUGACCGACUACGUCGUCACCCGGUGGUACCGACCACCCGAGCUGCUGCUCAUGUGCCCGUACAGCUAUCCGAUCGAUAUUUGGGCCGUUGGCUGCGUCAUUGCCGAGUACACCAUGCAGCGGCCGUUGUUCGCCGGCCGCGACUACAUUCACCAGCUUCAGUUUGUGCUCUCUAGUAUUCCUAUCACGGGGGUCGGCUUUAUUGAACGUAGCAGCAGCAGCUCUGGACUGACCAAUGUGAACGAAAUAGCCAAGAAGUAUAAGGGCACCCGACCGCUCUCGCAGCUGCUGUCGAAGCUGCCCAAUGAUGGGCUGGAUUUGGUCACGAAGAUGCUCACCUUUGAACCAGAGAAGCGCAUUACCGCACAGGAAGCACUCAACCACCCUUUCUUCAGCAGUGUUGGUGGUCCAGACUGCAAGAGCUAUCCAGCUCCCCCAGAGCUAGACCUCGCCUUCGACAUGCACGCGGAGGUUUCCGAGUGCCAGCUGCGCCGCGCCAUCUGGGAGGAGGUGGAGCGCUACCGAAAGAGGUAG